AUGGAGAAUAAAGGUGUUAGACUGAAUCAAGUACUAUCAGGAUUACUCAAAUAUUUGGCGUCGUUGUCGAAUUUGCGGAUUGCAGGCUCAACACCAAAUUGUGCUCGCGAGAAAGCCGUUACGACUGCGCAGGUUGUCGAGAACGUCAAACCGAGGUGCACGCCGAGACCCGGGCCGCAGAGAAUUCACGCCCACCCAACCUCCAGUGAUGAAAGAGUGGUAGAGGCAGAAGGACUUUGUACUGAAGAGAAAGAGAGAAAGGAGAAAGAAAGGGAGUUGACGGCGAUUUGGGAGCACACAUUGGCGGGCCAAAGCGCGAGCGACCGUAACGACUACUCUCCAGAGAGCGAGGCACCUGCUGGGGCACCCAAGGGCCGCCCGACCUUAUUUCACCAACAGAAGCAGAAGCAUGCAAAAACGGGCCAAGACCCCCGCGUGAUGGCAUAUCAGACAUCCGGGGUGAAACUCUCCCGUCAGACUGAAAACACAAACGGGCUCAAAGUGAAGGCUUUCAUUAUAAGCAAACUCAUCAUUACCGGCUACAGGCAUGAGAUGAAAAAACAGUUCUCAUCUAAAGCUCGGUACCUCGAACAGGAAGUUUUAAGCCACAGCUCGAUCCGCAGACUGGAGCUCUGGCGCCUGAUUCGGCUACGCUGCCGUUCUGUUCAUCAAGCCCGCACGCCGCCCUGUCCCAGUCUGGUUGUGUUGGAGUGGAGGCUACCGCCCGGAACCACGUUCAUGGAUGUGCGGGCCAUUGAUCCACCACUAGCCUGGGCCAACCUGCAUGAAUCGAAAAAGUACCUUGCACUACGUUCAUCAGAUAGCCAGGUCGUGCCAUUGUGCAAUAGUCAGAAGCAUGGCCAAACACAACCGUUGUCAUAUCAGGCCAACUGUCAGCGCGUGAUUUUAGCGCUUGUAAAGAAUGGUGCGAUAUUUGGCAGCUCAUUUCCCUAUUCGAGUGCAAAACAGCAAUUCAAUCGCGGGGUCUGGGGACUCAACAUUUGCGCCAAGUUCACUUCAUUCAACAUCCACGCGUACUUUUCUGGGUAA